CUCGGGCCAACGUGUCCUCAUAUUUGUAUGAAAUCUGGAGAAAGAGUAACUCGUCAUCAGGCAACAGAACUACCUGGUCAGGGCCUCACGACGGAUAACGGAAGACUUGAUGAGGAUUUAGCAAACUUAAAAAGGGACAGAUAUUAGUCCCAAACCCACGCCGACUUGUGGCCCCCUGUUUGUUUUGUCCGGCCAGUGGGACUCCAGAGGAAACACUAAAUCAACCAACUAGUGAAUGCCGAAGCUGUGUAAGACAACAUCCCGCCUGCAGCUCGGUCCACUGAACCUAUGCUUCAAUCUGAUCCAGAGGAUGUGCUCAUGACAAACAAAACUAUUCUAUUUUAUACAUUCCCCUCUCGAAAGAAUAUCCGUAUUCUAUUCAUUUCAUUGUUAACUACCUUCAUUGUUAUAGUAACGUAGACUUGUAGUUUUCAUAUAUAUAUAUAUAUAUAUAUAAAUAACAUAGUGAAAAAGUGUGUUAAAAGAGACAAGAUUCAACACUAUGUCAUUGAUAAGGGCUUUGUGAAGCUACUUGCACUGCGUUGGAUUAAUUGUCUUUGUUAGUGCUGUAAAACGUUGGGUCCAAGGGUUGUUUUUUUUUUUUUUUAGCUGGAGACUUUAAACGUGUCUCUUACAUUUUUUUAUUUUUUUGCUGACACAAAUUCCAAGCUUCGUGAGAUUUGCUUGUUCCAACAAUCUUUUGUGCUCCUUGUGUGUGUGUGUGUGUGGCCUGCGGUUGGCCUCUGUGUGUUCUUUAGGGGCUUUUCUAAGAUCCUCCCUCAUCCGCGGCUCCAAUUACAGAACAAGCCGUUUUGAUAUGCUCUGAAAAAAGUGGAAUUCAUACGUAACUGGGAAUGUUACGUAAGGGCCCUCGUAGGCUGGUCCUGGGAACGUUGCAGUGAGCGCAGACAGAGGAGAGCAGGGUGCCAGCAGCCAGCCAGGUCGCAAAGACAGAAAGAAGGCAAAAAGAGAAGCACGUUCCAUGUGACUGAAGCGCCUCCUUUGUUCAGAUGUUGGAGACCCGAAGGCAUCAAAGAAGGAACAAACAAUUUGAGUAAACACGAGUCAAGCAAGUAGAGAUUUGCAGACAAUCGUACGGAUCCUCUGAAGACGGGACCCCGGGAGGCACCAACCGCCCCUUCCACCCACCACCCAAAAAAAAAAAAAAAAACCCCGUCAGGCUCCUGGCUCUCGGUCUCCUCGACUGACUCGACUCUGUGGCCCGUGACCGUCAUGUCGGGGGAAGAGGAGUUGUCCUUCAGCGAAGCCAUCCAGAGGGCGAGCGCCUCCAUGUCUCGCUUCCCUCUCAUCCCGGUCCGAGGCGUUCCGCUCAUGUGCAGCAUCGCCAACAACUGGGACUCCGUCUGGGCCUUCCGCCCCGACCCCUCGGACCUCCUGAUCGCCACCUACCCCAAAGCAGGGACCACGUGGACGCAGGAGAUCGUCGACCUGCUUCUCCACAACGGAGACGCCGAGGCCUGCAAACGGGCGCCGACCCCCGUCCGCAGUCCCUUCCUGGAGAUGUUCUCCCCCCCGCCCAUCCCUUCAGGUCUUGAUUAUCUGAACAACAUGGCUCCUCCGAGGAUCAUCAAGACACAUCUCCCUUUUCAGCUGGUGCCCACAGGGUUUUGGGAGAACGGGUGCAAGGUUAUCUACGUGUCGCGCAACGCCAAAGACAACCUGGUGAGCUACUUCCACUUUGACUGUAUGAACAUGACGCAGCCUGAGCCGGGUCCCUGGGACGGCUACGUCUCCAAGUUCAUGCGCGGAGAGUUGUCGUGGGGCUCCUGGUAUGACCACGUCAAAGGCUACUGGGCGGAGAGAGAGAAGAGGAACAUCCUUUACCUUUUCUAUGAGGACAUGAAAGAGAAUCCCCGGCGCGAGGUGGAGCGCAUCAUGAGGUACCUGGACCUGUCCGUCUCUGACGAGGUCAUCAGCCGGAUUGUGGAGCUCACGUCCUUUAAGAACAUGAAGGAGAACCCGAUGACCAACUACUCCUGCGUCCCGGCGCCGGUUUUUGACCAGUCCAUCUCCCCCUUCAUGAGGAAAGGUGAAGUAGGCGAUUGGAGAAACCAUUUUACACCCGAGCAAUCGAAGAUGUUUGAUGAAGAUUACGAAAAGCAGAUGAAGGGCGUCAACAUACCAUUUAGAGACCUUAUCUAACGGAUUUGGUUGUUGUUGUUGUUUUUUUGCAAACUGAUAUCGCUCUUCAAACCAAAGACAUGUGUGACACUGUGCAGAUCCUGUCAGAAGCUAGACACCAAAACAAGAGAGGAAACAAAGAUUUGUUUGAGCUUGCUUAUGUGCCUCCUGCCCUGCAGAUGGAAAGGAAAUCCUCUGUAUGGAUACUUAAAGGAUCAAUAAAAAAAAUGGCCUCCACAACACGAGCACAUGAGUUGGAAAUCAUCAUUUUAUUGCAGCUUAUCACGUAAACAAUAUAUAAGACCACAAGUGUUGUGACUAAGUGGACGUGCCCAUUUUGACGUCACGAGACCUCCAACAGAGUCAGCUGACCGCAUGGAGCCCGCAGAGCGCUGGCACCUGGGGGCGCGUUGGCUUUUCUGCCCAUAUGAAGUCAUUUCGCAACCCUACACCACACUGAACAAAGCCCAGCCGAAGGAGGGAGGCGGCACGAGACACGAGCGACAAAAGACUAGAAUAAAGGAAAUGAGCUGGAAAGUCAAUCAUAUGAAAAUGGACAGAGGACACAAAAACACAACAGCUGAGAAAAUCCAAGUUUAACAAAAAAAUCACUUUCAAUACAUACUUUUUUUCUGAGAAUAAAAUUUUAAAUAUUUGAAUACUUUAUCGCCAUGGAUACUUCCUUUCGGUUGAGUCAAAUCUCCUUGCUUGUGUGGAGGCUAUGUUUGUGUAGAUUUUUUUGACAGGUUUUAUUGUUUUUUUUU